ACGCGAGGAAAUUAAUUUAGAACAUUUUGUUUUUUUGAAAAAAAAAAAAUUAAAACGGAUUCUUGCGAUAUUCGCAUUUCGUAGCGUCCUUAGCCAGAUCUGCUUGUUUUUUCGCUUCGUCGAGGUCUCAUUUGGGUCAGCAGAAGCUCUUUCCUUUCUCACCAUCCGUUUCAAGAAUCACAAUGGAAGGAAGCGGUGGUGGUGAAAGUGGUUCGAUGGCCACGCCUGUACAAAAGCGAGCACAUGAGGCAUGGAGGGUUUACAAAUAUUAUCUGGACAAGACUACACCUCAUUCAACUUAUAGGUGGAUUGGAACACUUGUUGUCUUUCUUAUCUACUGUUUGAGGGUUUACUCCAUUCACGGAUUCUACAUCAUCUCCUAUGGUCUUGGAAUCUACCUCCUGAAUCUGCUUAUCGGCUUCUUGUCGCCUCUGGUUGAUCCUGAGCUCGAGUCCUCUGAUGGAGCUUCUCUGCCUACUCGAGGUUCUGAUGAGUUCAAGCCAUUUAUCCGCCGACUUCCCGAGUUUAAAUUCUGGUACUCCAUGACUAAGGCAUUCUGCAUAGCUUUUCUCAUGACUUUCUUCUCGGUCUUUGAUGUUCCCGUCUUCUGGCCUAUACUACUUUGCUACUGGAUCGUUCUCUUUGUCCUCACCAUGAGACGCCAAAUCUCUCACAUGAUCAAGCACAAGUACAUUCCUUUCAGCAUCGGAAAACAGAAAUAUAGUGGCCGAAGAUCUUCUGCGAGCAGCGGCGCCUCUCGUGCUGAUUGAUUCCGUCGGUUAGUCACAUGUCUUCAGAGGAAGAAUGAAAAAAAGGAAAAGAUGGGUUUUAAACCGUUUUGGAUGUUUUGUAGUGACGAAUUUAAUCAAAAAUUCUAGUAUUAUUAUGCUUCUACAAGGAAAGAAGAAGGAAACAAAACGGUGGUCUAGUUUAAUUUGGGUUUUGUUGUUGCAGGAAAAUUGUUAUUUGUUAGUUCUCUUUAAUCUCCAGUACUUCUGUUGUAAAUAUGAUUUAUUUUUAUUUCAAAAAAAUUCAUU